AUGUCUCACCGAAAGUUUGAGAGACCACGCCACGGUUCCCUUGGGUUCUUGCCUCGUAAGCGCGCUGCUCGCCACAGAGGAAAGGCUAAGUCCUUCCCAAAGGAUGAUCCCUCUAAGCCUGUGCACUUGACUGCCUUCAUGGGCUACAAGGCUGGUAUGACUCAUGUUGUCCGCGAUUUGGACCGUCCUGGCUCUAAGAUGCAUAAGAAGGAGAUUGUUGAGGCUGUGACCAUCAUUGAGACUCCUCCUAUGGUUGUUGUUGGUGUUGUCGGUUACGUCGAGACCCCUCGUGGUCUUCGCUCCUUGACCACAGUUUGGGCCGAGCACUUGUCGGAGGAGCUUAAGCGCCGAUUCUACAAGAAUUGGUACCGCUCCAAGAAAAAGGCUUUCACUAAGUAUGCUAAACAACACGCUAAUGGUGCUAAGCCUAUCCUCCGCGAGCUUGAGCGCAUCAAGAAAUACUGCUCUGUCGUCCGUGUUAUUGUCCAUACCCAGGUGCGCAAGGUUAAGAUUGGUCAAAAGAAGGCCCAUGUCAUGGAGAUUCAGUUAAACGGAGGAUCAGUGGCUGAUAAAGUCAAAUUUGCAUAUGAGCACUUUGAGAAGACUGUGGAUGUUUCGUCUGUACUGGAACAGGAUGAGAUGAUUGACGUGAUUGCUGUCACAAAGGGUCACGGAUUUGAGGGUGUCACUCAUCGUUGGGGUACUAAGAAGCUUCCUCGUAAGACUCACAAAGGUCUUCGUAAGGUUGCUUGUAUUGGAGCAUGGCAUCCUUCCCGCGUCAUGUUCUCUGUUCCUCGUGCUGGUCAGAAUGGUUACCACCACCGUACCGAGGUCAACAAGAAGAUUUAUCGAAUUGGAAAGGGCGAGGACAAGUCUAAUGCCAAGACUGACUAUGACUUGACAGAGAAGGCUAUCACCCCUCUUGGUGGUUUCCCUCACUAUGGUAUUGUCAAUGAGGACUAUGUCAUGAUCAAGGGUUGCUGCGCUGGUACCAAAAAGCGUGUUGUCACCCUCCGUAAGUCUCUUCUAGUCCACACUAAGCGCUCUGCUUUGGAAAAUGUCCAGCUCAAGUUCAUUGAUACCUCCUCCAAGUUCGGUCACGGCCGUUUCCAGACCCGCGAGGAGCGCCAGCAAUUCCAGGGCACCUUGAAGAAGGACCUUUAA